GCUGUGUCGGGUUGCAGUCAUGGCGGAGACCGGAGGAGGAACACAUACCGGAGCGUACUUUCACAAAGAAAGAAUCAAGUACAGCCCCGAGGAGGAGGCCAGGCUGGAGAAGCAGCACUUCUGGAGAAUAGUAGACGCUUUUAGAUUUUACAGGGCUCAUGUCCAGGAACAGGUCAAACGUGCUGAGCGUCAGUUUCGUAGUCUACCUCAGCGGCACCAGAAUCUGCUGCCGAGCGUCAUGUCCAACCUGACCCGGAUCAGCCAGUGUGCGGACUGCAACCAGGAAGUGCUGCACGACAUCGUCCACAACAGUCUCCACAUGUUUGAGAACAUUGGAUGUGGCGAGCGGGAGGAUCCGAGGAAGGUGCGUCCGUCGUUCACGUCUACGUUUGACAUGGACAAGCUCAAGUCCACCAUAAAGCAGUUUGUCAGAGACUGGAGUGAGGCGGGUCAGGCUGAGAGGGAGUCCUGCUACCUGCCCAUCAUCCAACAGAUCCAAAGACUCUUCCCAAGUGACCAAUAUGAUGUGUCUAAGGUGAGCGUUCUGGUACCGGGUGCCGGGCUUGGCCGCCUCGCGUGGGAGAUCGCCCGACUGGGUUAUAUUUGCCAGGGCAACGAAUGGAGUCUCUUCAUGCUCUUCUCUUCAAACUUUGUCCUCAAUAGGUGUGAGAAGGUGAACGCUCUGACCCUGUACCCUUGGAUCCACCAGUUCAGCAACAACAAGAAAUCCUCCGACCAAACGCGACCGAUCAGAUUCCCCGACGUCAACCCUCAGAGCUUACCUCUCACUUCAGACUUCUCCAUGGUAGCAGGGGAUUUUGUGGAGGUCUACAGUGACACAGAUUCCUGGGACUGUGUGGCGACCUGCUUCUUCAUCGACACAGCUCAUAAUGUCAUCGAGUAUGUGGAGACCAUCUGGAAGAUUCUGAAGCCUGGCGGAGUGUGGAUCAACCUGGGUCCUCUGCUCUAUCACUACGAGAACAUGGCCAACGAGCUCUCGGUCGAACUUAGCUUCGAAGACAUACGGACAGCGAUGGUGAAGUUUGGCUUCUGCCUGGAGGUGGAGAAAGAGUCCAUGCAGACCACGUACACGGAGAACGACCGCUCCAUGUUGAAGUACGUGUACGACUGCGUCUUCUUUGUGGCGCGAAAGCCCGCAGAUCUGUACUUUAACUGUCGAGACGAGAACCGACGUCAGAAUUCUCCGCUGGCUGUGAAGUCACCGCGGCGAGAGAGCGGCGACAGUCUGACGUGACAAGAAACCUUCUCUGACCUUUGACUUUAGUAAUAUGUAUAUAUGUAUAUAUAUACAUACGUAUGUAUAUAUAUACAUAUACAUACGUAUGUAUAUAUAUAUGAUUUAUCUUUAUAUUUUUAUUAUUAGUUUGUUAUCAAACAAACUUUGUUUUUUCCAUCGCUGACUUUGAAAUGAGGCUGUGUGUGUGAAUGAGAGAGCGAGCGCGUGUGUGUGAGUGAGAGAGUGAGCG